AUGAGGGAUGUGAGUUGUCAUAUCUCUCCCUUUGUAAAUAAUACGCAUGAUCUGAAACAAACUAACUUGGAGUGUUGUGUGGUUGGUGGUGUGGUCGUGGGUGUGGUCGUGGGUGUGGACAAGUGUGGUGUGAUUGUUGGUGUGGUCGUGGGUGUGGACAAGUGUGGUGUGGUUGUUGGUGUGGUCGUGGGUGUGGACAAGUGUGGUGUGGUCGUGGGGGUGGACAAGUGUGGUGUGGUUGUUGGUGUGGAGAAGUGUGGUGUGGUCGUGGGUGUGGACAAGUGUGGUGUGGUUGUUGGUGUGGAGAAGUGUGGUGUGGUCGUUGGUGUGGACAAGUGUUGUGUGGUUGUUGGUGUGGUCGUGGGUGUGGACAAGUGUGGUGUGGUCUUUGGUGUGGACAAGUGUUGUGUGGUUGUUGGUGUGGUCGUGGGUGUGUACAAGUGUGGUGUGGUCGUGGGUGUGUACAAGUGUGGUGUGGUUGUUGGUGUGGACAAGCGUGGUGUGGUCGUGGGUGUGUACAAGUGUGGUGUGGGUGUGGAUGUGGGUGUGGUUGUGACUAAUUGUAGUGUGGGUGUGCAGAAUUAG